UUUAAUUUCGACACGAUCCGGGUCAGCCGCUUCUUUUAUCAUCUCAUUCUCUCCCUUCUGUCAUUUUUUAAAUUAAAAUUUUAUUUUAAACCACUAAUUUCGAACUCUUCGUCUUCCAUAUCUUCUUACUCAUCUACUGCAACUGCAGUUUUUUGGGGGAAAUGGAUGAUCAUGAGUAUGGUAUUAUGAUGGAUCUAACGCAAUACCUGAAUGGAAGGCCUUUAUUUGCUUCCGCUACACCACAUCUGACACCGGAUUUGUUAUGCGGUAACCAACAUUUCGAGAUGGUAAUGGCUAGUACUACUACUACUACUGUGCCACAACAUGACAAUUGUCUUUCACAUCAUCAAUAUCAUCAGCAUCACAGGUUUCUUCCCGAUUCUAGCACCAUGACAGCUGCCACUACUACUAGAGCCAGUAUCAGUGGUGGGUGCACGUUAAGCGCAUUGGAGACCAUGGAGGGCAUGGGUGGUGGUGGUGGUGGUGGUGGUGCACAGCCAGGUGACGGAGGAAGUGGGAGAUGGCCGAGGCAAGAGACACUUACACUUCUUGAAGUUAGAUCACAACUUGAUUCUAAGUUCAAGGAAGCUAAUCAAAAAGGUCCCCUUUGGGAUGAAGUUUCUAGGAUUAUGUCUGAGGAAUAUGGUUAUCAAAGGAGUGGAAAAAAGUGCAGGGAGAAAUUUGAGAACUUGUACAAAUACUACAAGAAGACUAAAGAAGGCAAAGCUGGUAGACAAGAUGGUAAACAUUAUAGAUACUUUAGACAACUUGAAGCUCUCUAUGGUAAAACAAGCAACACAAUUAAUACUAGCUCCUUUCAUCAUUACAAUCAAGAAGCUCAUGAGGGUCCUAAGCUCUCCGACAAUCUCUAUGAUUCAUCUGAUUCUGACUCUACAAAUUCGUCAGAUGAUGAUUCAAAGAGGAAGAAUAAGAAAAGGGGGAAAAGGAGUUGGAAAGGUAAGAUAAGAGACUUUAUGGAUAUACAAAUGAAGAAAUUAAUGGAAAAACAAGAACUUUGGUUAGAGAAAAUGAUGAAGACAAUUGAAGAUAAGGAACAAGAGAGGAUUUUAAGGGAAGAAGAAUGGAGGAAAAAAGAGGCAAUUAGGAUAGAAAAACAGCAAAAAUUUUGGGCUAAUGAGAGAGCAUGGAUUGAAGCGCGCGACACAGUUUUAAUCGAUACAUUGCAUAAAUUAAAUGGAGAAGAAGUCAUGAAGAGUAGUACUACAAAUUAUAACCUCAAUGAUAAAAAUGGUUCAAUGUUUUAUUGCAGCAAGAAGCAAAAGGAAAUGAAUUCAUUGAGCUCAUCAUGUUAUUAUAAUUUCCAGAUCAAGAAAGAAGAAGAAGGGAGAAUAUCAUAUUGUGAAACAUCAAGACAUGUGCCAAAUGUUCAUGAAACAAUUGAUGAUGGGCUGUUUUAGGUUAUGUUGCUCGGAUUCUUUAAAAGUAGCACUGCAUGUUUUAGGAUCCGACACAAAUACAAUAAUAUUUUUGAAAAGUCUGAAAAAACAAAAGAGAAGAAUUUGUGCUAGGAGGUAAGUGUGGUUUAAAUUUGACUAUGUUAUUUUUGUUUUAUUGAGGAUUCUAUUAACUAGCUAAUUAACUUUUUGUGUGUGUGGAAUUUAGAGGGAUUGAAGUUAACUAAUCCUAGGAGAUUAGAUUUGGAUUUAUUUAUAUCUUAAUUUUAA